CGGACGUCACGCAUCACGUGCCCGAGCGGAAGGAAGUGUAUCUGUUUCUGAAAACAAAGUGACCGACGAUGAGUUCAAUGAUCGCAGAGACACAGAGCAUCAAAGAAGCUGUGGUUUACAUCAACUCCAUUGACAACAGCAAGUUCUCUCGACUUCUGUCUCGAAUUCUGCACAAACUUCACCUGAAGGCGGAGCGUUCGUUCAGUGAAGAGGAAGAAGAGAAGUUACAGAGCGCUUUAUCUCUGGAGAAAGAAUCUCUGAAGCUGGUGCUGGAAACCGUCUCGUUCAUCUUUGAGCAGGCCCUCUAUCACAAUGUGAAACCAGCGUCCCUCAAACAGCAGCUGGAGAACAUCAGCGUCGUGUGUGAUAAAGCUGAAGCGUUCAGUCAGAUUUGGGCCGCAGCCGGACAAGAUGAGCUGGAGAAGAUCCGCCAGAGAAUAUUUGCUCCUCAGACGUUGGAUCAGGUGGGCUGGCAGCUGAAUCUUCAGAUGGGUGGGUCGUGUCAGAGUAAACUCACAGCAGCACACGCUGUACUGGAUGUGGGGCUCAGAGCAGAAGACGGUGAUGAGCUACAGAAUGUUUUUGUGGAAUUCAAUCAUCAGGAACUGCUGGACUUCUACAAUAAGAUAGAGCAGAUUCAAACCCAACUGGACUCUCUGAGCUGAAACCACAUCAGACUGAAGCCAUGACCAGCACUUUCAUUCAUUCACAGCCUCAUGUGUGUUGUUUUAAAUGUGCAGAGCGUUAGAUGAGCAUUACAUGAGCUGUCAGAGGUUUGAGAUGGAAUACAAAAGAAGGAUCUGUCCAUUUUUCUGUCUGUGUGUCUUGAUUGAAGAUGCUCAGCGAUGUUUGUCAAUCUGACACUGAUUUGUCUUCAGAUUCGGAAUGUGUCUCCCUUUCACUCACUGCCCAACUCUUUUCAAAGUGAUAAUAAAAUGAUGUUCAGUUGUGUUA